AGCUCUUUAAACUAUGUUAAAAAUAAAUAUUUUGGUCAACUACCAAAAUCCAUCUGCAAAUUAAGAACAUCAAUAUAGAAGCAAAGCCAAAAUCACCAUUAACGACGAAAGCUAACGGCUGACGACGGUCGGUGAGUAGUGACUACGACUGACUGAGAAGGAAAUGCGAUAAAAGCGAACAAGAAAGUUAAAUCCAGUGACUGAGAACGAAAAAAGAAAUGUAAGUCAUCAAAAUUUCAAGAAGCCGUUGCCUCAAUGGCUGGCGACGGUCGGUGAGCAAAAAAUCGAUUUCAUCCUCAUUUCGAUUUCAAUUUGAAUGAAAGAUGACGAAGAUUAGUAAGCAAAAAUCGAUUUCUUUCUUUGUUUUUGAAUUCGAUUUCGAAUUAGAAUUUUAGGGAUUAUCGGAUUAAAGGAAUUCGUUGACAAAGAGAAGAGCAAUUUCUUUCUCUGUUUCUGAUUGAUUUCUCGGUUCUUCUUUUGAAUCAAAUGUUAGGGAUUAAUGCAUGUUGGGCAAGAGAACGACGACGUUUCAUUUCAAUUUAUCUCUUUGGUCGUUAAAACUAACGGCUAGCUCAAGACAAUAGUCGAUUUUUAGUGGAGGUCUUUGUAUUGGUGGCGCUACAAAAUAGUGGAUUUAGGCGACAGUCCCCGUUCUGAAAAUAAGGUUUGGAGACUACCUUGCAGAUACGGUGCUCUUUGUAUUUUGUGCUCAUCGUCGUCAUCAGCACCUGAGGAUGCUUAAAUCAAGCUUCAUUCCGCUUCUCUCAACUUUCCCUACAAAAUCUAAAGCUACAGAACUCAUCUUCUCCCGUACAAUCAACUGCUCUAUUUCUCACACUUCACAAGCUGUUCAACAAAAUGCCUCACCCAAUCUCACCAUCCCCGUAAUUCCAACUUCUGCUUAUAUCCAUCUUCCAUUCUGCAGAAAACGCUGCUACUACUGUGACUUUCCUAUUGUUGCUCUUGGUUCUUCCUCAGGCUCAAACCAAACCAGUCACGACGACGACCCACGUAUAUCAAACUACAUACACUUGCUCUGUAGAGAAAUUAAUGCUACAAAACUGGGAUGUAACUCCAGAUCACCUCUUAAAACUGUGUUUUUUGGAGGUGGCACCCCAUCUCUAGUGCCGCCACGGCUUGUUUUAUCGAUUUUGAAUGCGUUGAGGGUGAAGUUUGGCUUGAAUUUGGAUGCUGAGAUAUCCAUAGAAAUGGAUCCUGGUACCUUCGAUGCUACUAAGUUGAAGGAGUUGAUGGAAUUGGGUGUGAACAGAGUGUCUUUGGGAGUUCAGGCUUUCCAAGAUGACUUGUUAAAGUCUUGUGGUAGAGCACAUGGGGUUAAGGAGGUUUAUGAGGCUAUAGAGAUUGUUAAAUCAUGCGGGGUUGAAAAUUGGAGUAUGGAUCUUAUCUCUUCUCUCCCUCACCAGACGCCCGAAAUGUGGGAGGAGAGUCUGAGGUUAACUAUUGAAUCGCAACCUAACCAUGUAUCAGUAUAUGAUUUGCAAGUUGAACAAGGCACCAAAUUUGGAAUAUUGUACAGACCAGGGGAGUUCCCUCUGCCUACCGAAACACAAUCUGCUGAUUUCUAUCGAAUGGCAUCCAGUAUGCUUUCUAGUGCUGGUUACAACCAUUAUGAAAUAAGCAGUUACUGUAAAAACGGAUUUGAGUGCAAGCACAAUCUGACGUACUGGAAGAACAAUCCUUUCUAUGGUUUUGGCCUUGGUUCUGCUAGUUAUCUUGGUGGAUUAAGGUUUUCUAGACCAAGGAAGAUGAAAAAAUUUGUGGAUUAUGUGCAGAAUUUGGAGAAUGGGGUAAUUGAUUGCUGUGGGAGUUAUCAAAUUGAUGCCAAGGACUUGGCUAUGGAUGUGAUAAUGCUAUCUCUUAGAACCGCAAGAGGCCUCGAUUUGAAGUCAUUUGGAGAAGCAUUUGGUUCCCCUGCUGUUCACUCUGUUUGCAGGGCCUAUAAACCUUACAUGGAAAGUGGGCAUGUUGUUUGCUUGGAUAAGCAGGGAAGUGCACUAACCGUAGAGGAAUUUGACACUAUGCUAUCAAUGAAAAAGAAAUGGGGAAUGGACUAGGUUACAUUCGGCUCAGUGAUCCCGAAGGUUUCCUUUUUUCAAACGAAUUGAUAUCCCAUGCAUUUGGAGUGAUAGAUCAUUAAGAAUGGCUGAUUGACACUUCAUACUAUUUCAAAGUGAUUAUUACCUGUGCCGCUCGUGGAGGAUGAAGAGCAAUUAUGUAAAGAAUGACCGCAUUUUUCUAGCGACCGUUUAUUGUGGUGUUAAUGAUUAAAAAUGAACUCUUCCACAGCCAUUAUCAGUUAUCAAUGAUGGCAAAGAGACUUUCGAUGGACAAACUGUAUCAGAUGAUGUGCUAUUGAGUUUAGUCUUGAAUUAACUUCAUGGUGUCCAAUUACACAAUGGUUGCUGGUAAGCAACUCCAACUCUUCCCUCUCUUUUCUCCACUGUCCUGUAAAUUAUUUGAGUUCUUGUCAAAGCGCUUAAGCAAACCUUUGCUAUGACAUCAAUUUGGCAAGUUUGAUUUAGGCAAAAUAUCUUCAUUAUUUGUAUAAACUUAACAAUUUUAGCGACAUAUUAGGUUUUCAAAGAAGGAAAGUUGGUAAUUGCCACAUGAUGAAUUGUAAUGAUGCUAGAUAUUUCUGCAAUAUGAUGCAGGCAAACAAACUUUUUCUUUCUUGAUGACAAAA